AUCACGACCAGUCUAGUUUACUCGCAAAAAUGACAAUCUGUAACAUAAAGGCGCCUAUAUUAACCUGAAGUCAAAGAUGAGAGGCGAAAUUUAAAGGGAAAUUCCUGCACAACACACGCUAUGAUUUGAUGGGACUCUGACAAGAUGUCUUAUAGAAAAGAGCUGAUGGAGCAUAUUCCCUGCGUCCCUCCACUGGCUAUCCACGGCAUCUCCAUGGAUAACAGCGGUGCGCACUACAGGGAUGCGCUGCAGCUUGGACUUCCCUUCCACAUAGAUGCAGCAUACAUUGACCAUGCCCACGGCCACAGGUUGCCCUACAGAAGACUGCCCUAUUUUCCCUUUCACGGACCCCACGGAGUUUGUGACUAUGCAUACGAGCCUGCAUUUAUCCGGAAAAGAAACGAAAGGGAGCGGCACAGGGUGCGCUGCGUAAAUGAAGGUUACGCGCGGCUAAGAGAGCACCUUCCGCAGGAGUUUGAGGACAAGCGGCUCAGUAAAGUGGAGACUCUGCGGGCGGCUAUUGACUAUAUCAAACACCUGCAGAACCUGCUGGAAUCAAACGUGGCUGGGAUGAAGAUAUCGCUUGGAGAUGCUCGUAACCAUGCGCCACUCAAACAGAGGACGGUAACGGAGUGUAACAGUGAUGGAGAAUCCAAAAGUGGCCUCACAGACAGUAGGGACAGUGUUUACUAGCACACGGUCUGAUCUGUCUGCAGUCUGUGUUAAAUGACAUGGAACUGAGAAGGUGAAACACAUGGGAAAUCAAAGAUAAUGAGACUGGUCUAAUUCAGUAGGUUGAAAUUAACUAAAAUGAACAGUCCAACAAGACAGAAGUCAUGGAGACUGUCACAACAUAACUUUUCUAUUCUCUGAUUUUCUUUUCUUCAGAUUAAGCAAUAGCUUUGCAUAUAGGAAGGUAAGGGCAAACUUUUAAUAAUAAAAAUAUGACCAAAUUAGACUGUUGGUUAGAGAUUAUCAACGUUUUACAAAAAUCUUGCUCUAUUGACAAUGACAAGCCAGUUAGGUUUCUUUAUUCACUUUUUCUUCAUGUUAAAAUUAUAUGAACGUGUCAACAACUUAUUGAGCAUUUUUACACCCACAUAUUUGUCAUUAUUUUGAAAGAUAUUAAUAAUUUGUGAUAAUUUGUGAACUGCCACUGUCGCUGAAACAAUAAAUAACAGGCACAACCUGCACCGAGUGUUAAAUACCAGCCUGCUUUGAUUAUUAAUUUAACCUGUUAAAUGGACUAAUACAGAGGACAUCACUGAAAAGAUACUGUCACCUUUAUAAAACAUGGCAGGCCUUUACACACAAAAAAAAAAUGGAACUGCCAUAUUUGUUAUUUGUCAUAUCAGCAACAAAAGUAAGCAAAAACAAAUAAAAUGUUAUCAGUUACACCUGCUUUUCUUUUUCCUUCACUGAGACAUAAAAAUGUGUAAACUGAAACUUCUGUGUCUUGAAUCAGCAAACAGUACAUGACAGUACAGACAUGACAUUUUUAAGUGUCUCUUGUUUUUAGUUACCUGAGAGCUCUUCAAAGACCACCUACUUACUGUCAUAUCUCUGGAUUCUCAGGAAGCUUUUCUCUCCUAAUAUCUUAAGGAAUGUAUUUAUCAGGGAACCCUCAGCCCUGCCAGAGGAAACUCUGUGGUUAAAAACAACUCCUCUACGCUGAUUUGUAUGUUUAUGCUUCCCACCUCCGCAGACCUGCACGGAAACAGCACACAUUUUCUGAUUUCCAGUUAAACCGCAAUUAAAAACACUAAGCAUGAAAUUGUGUACAAGUAAAAGGGAUUUGGAGGGACCAGCAGAGUGCUGUGAAGUGAACCAUGCUGGCAUUGACAACCACAGAAGCAUGACACACACUCUACAAAAGGUGUUUGCCUGUGCAGCGUGUGAAUUAGACCCAAUAAUUAGCCAAGUGCUGGUACCCUGGCGUUGAUGGUUCAGUGGCACUCUGAAGAUAAAAAACAUUAAGCUACUUAAAUGAAAGCCUCUGCCAUUAUGGAUGUUUUCUUUCUUGAUGCACACACAUGCUGA